AUGGUUUGUUGGAACUGCGAGAAGCCUGGGCAUAUGAAAAGCGAAUGUCGGGCACCAAGGAAGGACAAAGAAGGCCGGACAGCCAAAGUCGUGAUGGAGGACACGGCGGAUGCACUCUUGUUGAGUGUGAGAAGCUCGCUCGAUGACUGGAUCGUGGACUCAGGGGCCUCGUUUCACUCUUGCAGUAGCAGAGACAUCAUGGAGCCAUACACUGCAGGAACGCUUUACACGGCGAGUGGAUCCAGCUCAAACAUUCUCCUGGCAGGAGCUGUCUCACAAUCGCACUUGUGGCACAGUCGCUUGGGCCACAUGAGCGAGAAAGGAAUGAAGGUACUAAAGUCGAGAGGACUUUUGCCCGAGUUGAAGUCAGUGGACGUGGGUCUCUGCGAGCAAUGCGUGCUUGGAAAGCAGAAGCGAACCUCUCCGAUGAAAGGAAGAGACACGAAACCAAAUAGCACUCUCCUUUCGGCCCGAGAAUCGAACAAUGAGAACGAGAGACGCAGUGGAGAUGGCAUGGAGCAUGGUUACACCGAAUGCGGCUCGUGGAAGGGGGCUGGUUAG